AUGAUUCAUUUAUAUAAACGAAAACUCUCUUCACAUAAAUUUGUUGAAGUAAAUGAUUCAACAACUCCUACUACAACCACACCAAAUAGCGAUAAUAUUUCUACAACUGUAUCAAGUACGUCAACUCAAGCUGAAGACUUGGAUUCUGAGCAAUUGCCUUCUUCACAAAGAUCUUCGGUAUCUUCAAUCAUAGCAAUUGAAGUUAUGACUGAUACUUUAUCAAAUUUACUCCGUGCUCAAGGUGGUGAAAUUGAAGUUUCAACCCCAACAGCUAAUUACGACACAUUUGAUCACGGAACAACAUUAUUUAAAGUAAAAUCUUUGGAUAAUAAUGAUCAUAAAGAAAAAAAACCUUCGGAAA